GGCAGUGCAGACAGCGCGUUUGGGAGGUGUAGUGGAAGAAAGGCGAGAGAAACGGAGUAAAUGAGAGCACUUCUGGCCACAUUGUUCAAGGACUUAUCAACUUAAAAUACCGCCGAAACAGCCCACUAGAAUGAGACGGACACACUGUUGAAUUUCCUGUCCAGGUAAAACGUCCGCGUUUCCUUUCGCAUUGGUUAACUACAAGAGGUCGGCAGCUAGACUGGGUUACCACCAUUGAGAAGGCAGCUUUAAACCCCCGGAUCCCGUCUCCAGGCUCCUGCACAGAGCUGAGUGAAGGAAACAAAGUUGUCUCUCUCACUGUGGGAAACCUGGAUCCUCCAUCCUGCCCACCAACAUGACCAAUGUGGUGAUCGUCAAGGAGGGAUGGCUGCAUAAAAGAGGAGAAUACAUCAAGACCUGGAGGCCGAGGUAUUUUCUCCUGAAGAGUGAUGGUACAUUCAUUGGCUACAAAGAGCGACCACAAGAUGUUGACCAGCUGGAAACCCCCUUAAAUAACUUCUCUGUAGCACAGUGCCAGCUGAUGAAGACGGAGCGGCCCAGGCCCAACACAUUUAUCAUCCGCUGCCUGCAGUGGACCACUGUCAUCGAGCGCACCUUCCACGUCGAGACCCCCGAAGAGAGGGAAGAAUGGACCAAAGCCAUCCAGGCAGUUGCUGAAGGCCUCCAGAAACAGGAGGAAGAGAUGAUGGACUCCUCUCCAGACCCCAUGGACAUGGAGGUCUACCUGACCAAACCCAGACUCAAAGUGACUAUGCACGACUUUGAAUACCUCAAACUCCUGGGAAAAGGCACUUUUGGCAAAGUUAUCCUGGUAAAGGAGAAGGCCACAGGACGCUACUAUGCCAUGAAGAUCCUAAAGAAGGAGGUGAUCGUAGCAAAAGAUGAAGUGGCGCACACACUCACAGAGAACAGAGUCCUGCAAAAUUCAAAGCAUCCAUUCUUGACUGGACUGAAAUACUCCUUCCAGACACAUGACCGUCUGUGCUUUGUUAUGGAGUAUGCAAACGGUGGUGAGCUUUUCUUCCAUCUGUCAAGAGACCGUGUUUUCUCCGAGGAGAGGGCUCGGUUUUACGGUGCAGAGAUAGUGUCGGCACUGGACUACCUGCAUGCUGAGAGAAAUGUUGUUUAUCGAGAUUUAAAGCUGGAAAACCUCAUGCUGGACAAAGACGGACACAUAAAGAUCACAGAUUUUGGCCUGUGUAAGGAGGGGAUCAAAGACGGCGCCACCAUGAAAACUUUCUGUGGGACGCCGGAGUACCUUGCACCCGAGGUCCUAGAAGACAACGACUAUGGCCGUGCCGUAGACUGGUGGGGUCUCGGGGUGGUGAUGUACGAGAUGAUGUGCGGCAGACUGCCUUUCUACAACCAGGACCACGAGAAGCUUUUUGAGCUCAUCCUCAUGGAAGACAUCCGCUUCCCUCGGACUCUCGGCCCAGAGGCCCGCUCACUGCUCUCUGGCCUUCUGAAGAAAGAACCCAUGCAAAGGUUAGGCGGAGGGCCUGAUGAUGCGAAGGAAAUCAUGCAGCACAAGUUCUUUGCUGGGAUUGAAUGGCAAGAUGUUUAUGAGAAGAAGCUGGUCCCGCCAUUUAAGCCCCAAGUUACCUCAGAGACUGACACACGAUAUUUUGACGAGGAGUUCACUGGACAAACCAUCACUAUCACGCCUCCCGGACAAGAUGACAGUAUGGAGUCUUUUGACAGCGAGCGAAGACCCCACUUUCCGCAGUUCUCCUACUCUGCCAGUGGAACAGCCUAAACGACUCAAACAUUCUUCUGGUCCCACCAUCUCCCCUCUCUCCACCCGACUGCACUCUCAGAAGGCCGGGGCUUCAGCCAUGUCCUCCCAGUAUUGCCUGCAGAAGCUGUCAUUGGAUGUAACAGUCGCAAUCAGCACGUUGUAUUUUUAUAGGAAGGAGGAAGUGCAAAAAAAAAAAAGAAAAAGAGAUAAAUGUGCUUGUUCUGUGUGGCCUUUAAAGAUUGACCAUGGAGAUAACACUACCCCACAUUUCCUGGUUAUUAUGUUGUAUACUGAGCAGGCAUCCAUACACCAUAAUGAAUGGGAGAGAAGUAGUUGCACAAAUUAGGCUACUGUUAUGAAUCAAUUUAUUCUGCAAAGGGUCGUUUACAUCGUACGUAUACACAAAUACCAACCAUUUCAAAUAGAACGUAGGCAUGCUGUGGACCAAAAACACCAUGUGAGCAGAGAGUGUGUUGCUUUUUCUCUGAGUGGGUGAUGAAUCCUUGUUUUCCUAUGUCCUUUUGGACAUUUUUGGCUUCAUAAGUGAAUGUAUUGUAUCAAAUAAAAUUAAUCUUCCAGCAUACUUAUGUGUUGUAAAACAUGGCUAAUUCUCCUAAGACUGAAACGCCAUCUUUUGGAACGUUUUAUUAUUAUUUUAAUUUUUUUUUUUUACCACUUUCCAACUACCUUGAUGUGAAACUGACACGAGUCAGUUUGUCGUGUUGUCAUGCCACACCAUCAUGGGUCUGAUAAAUCAAUUGUGCAAUACAGUCUGAUGUGAGGAAGGGCAGGCAUGCAAAGGAUGCAGCAUGAGUAAUCACUUGAGCACAAGCUUGCCUGCAGUGGAUUCACCUUCUUUUUUUUUUUCUUUUUUUUUUAAACUGUUUGCACAUCACUGAGAGACCCGCAGUUUCCUGUUCAAGCUAAUAAAUAGCUUCACUAGCUCCCCCUGAAGUAAGUGCUUAUAGAUCCUGAUGCCUUUUUAUCUCGUUGCUGUGCUGCAGACACCUCCUGGUUUCCCUCUGACUGGGUCAAAUGGUACUGGCCCCUCAGAUCCUUUUCUCUUUCUCUGGGUUUUUCCUCCAUGUACAGUACACUAUUGGGUGUUUUGCACCCAGUGCAUAUGCUGCUGCCUCAAUGAGGUCACUUUUACAUGAUACGUUUUCUUUAGGAAUACUUUGCAAACAAACUGGGCUUCAGGGGAAAUGACAGUCAACUUCAUUUUGCUUCUUUAGGGGACGUGUAUCCCUUCAUGAGCUUCUGAGUUAUUUAUGAGACCAGCAUGAAUUAAAACAAGUUUUACUGUGCCAAUGAUAUGCACUUUGCUGCCCCAAAAUGAUUGUAUUUGGACCCCUAUUUGCAUUUUAUGGUUGGUAAAGACUAAAUUAGCUUCUUUUAUCAUAUAAAUUCAAGCCUUUUCGAUACAAAUAAAGUAGGAUUUUCUUGUUUAAGUGAUUUUCUUCUCUUUUUUUUUCGUUUUAAAAAAAAUAAAAUAAAAAGACAGCUGAAGCUGAACAGACUCUUUGGAAGUGAAACUCUUCUUUCAGAGUUUCCAAAAGCACUUCAGUAUUUUUAAGAUGACAGAUAAUCAUUUUUUCAAAAGUGUGUCAUACAUCAUUGAAUGUAAUGGUUUUUAUUAUGGUAUUGUUUUCUCUUCAAUCGCUUGAAAACCUUUUUUUUCCACUUUUUGAGUCUUUUUGUUACUUAUUCCUAUGCACACUUCCCCUUUUACUGUCGCCUUCUGAAAAUAGGGAAUAAUUCAUUUUAUAUUUUUUAAUUUCAACAUUUUUGUACCCGCCCCUCUUGUAUUCCUGAGACUGAGGACACCAGCUUUAGUAAACAAAUAAUAUAAACUUUG